AUGCGGUUAUUAUCGAUCAUACGCAAACAAAAGUUAAAGGAUAAUGAAACAAGAUGUCUUAUACUAGGACUAGACAACGCAGGUAAGUCUACAAUUGUCAAUUCAUUAUUGCCAGAGUCCCAGAGAACAGAUGAGAUUACACCAACGGUGGGAUUCAAGAUCCACUCAUUGCAACUACAAGACAAGCUGAUCUCCUUAUGGGAUGUAGGUGGACAAUCCACCUUGCGGCCAUUCUGGGACAACUACUUCGAUCGCACGGACGUGUUGGUAUGGGUCGUCGAUGCGAGUGAAACGUUCCGACUACACGAAUCACAACGAGAGUUACAGGAGUUGUUGCAAAACGACAACAUUCCGCAAGUGAUAGUGGCACUCAACAAGGUCGAUCUGACAGCCGCCGACCAACUGAGCGCCACCGAGACCGCACUUAAAGAAGUGGUCGGCCCCGGGGCUUCGUUUGUCCGGUGCAGCGGGCUGUCCGGCCAGGGGUUGUUCGCUCUGAAGGAAGCACUGGCACGAAUUUCAUAUAUAUAG